AAACUUCCGGUUGUUUAUGACAGGGAGGCUUGUUAAGCUAACGGCUCAAGAAGGACCGAAAACACUGCGUCCAGGAUGGACGUCAGCAUCGCGGUGACGCUGAUCCGGGGCCAGAUGGGCGCGGUGGUGGAGCGGGCGGUGAACGUCGCCGUGGAGACGGUGCUGGCGGAGAUGCUGAAGGUGGUGGGGGCCAAGUUCGAGGAGCUGAAGGCGGAGCUGGCGCUGGCCAAGCGCGGCGCGGCGGCGCUGCAGAGGGAGGCGGCGCUGAGGGAGAAGGAGAACGACAACGUGCGGGCGCGCCUGCGCUACACCGAGCUCAAGCUGAAGUACUACCGGCAGGGCGUGGAGGAGGAGCUGCAGCAGAGGGCCUGCGCCGCCUUCAGGGGCCCGCCGGAGCGGGAAGCGUCUCACAGGAAAGACGGAGACCAGCAGGACCAGUUCAGCUGGCCCGCCGCCGUGCUGCCCCCCCCGGAGGCGCCGGACACCACCGGAGACCCCUCGAAGGGCGCCGCGGACGAGGCCAAGCCUCCGCCCACCGGUUCACUGCCUCCAGACGCCUGCGAUCACACCAACUGCUCCAUGCUGCCCCCUACUGCUCCGAAGGUGACCACACGCCACACGCCCACUCCCCAGGUGGAGCUCUUGGCUCCUGGAGGUGAAGCUGGAGGCGCUGUCGGAGCAGGAGGAGCUGAUCACCAUCAAGGAGGAGCCAGAGGAGGAAGAGGAGGAGGAGGAAGAGGAGGAGGAGCAGGUCGUGAUGGCCAGCCUGCUGCUGGACUCGCAGCUCCCUGGGUCCGAGACUCACAGAUCACUCAGCCAGUGGACCAAACUGUCAGCCAAUCAGACGGGCCAGUCUGCAGCCUUCAGCUCCUCCUCGCAGAGCUCCUGUGGGUUUCCUUACGGCUCAGGUCAGACGUGUUACCCUCAGCUGCCCGCCCCCCUGCCCCCCCCGGCAGCGCUGCCCUCCGGCCCGCUGCCCUGGACCAAAGAGCUGAGUCUCUACGAGGAGUACAAACUGCGCCGGAACGAGCUGCGGCGGCGGAACCUGAACCGACGCAAAGAGCUGGAGAAGACGCUGCCGCAGCCUCUGCUGGCCGACCUGAUUCGGGAGCGGCGGGAGAAGACCAGGCUGCGGGUGGCCCGGUGGAGAGCCAAGAGGAAGCUGCAGGUGUGCCUCAGCCAGGUUCAGGCUCAAGGUGGCGCUGCAGUUCUUUCUCAAGCUGGAUUUCCUGUCGGCGGGCAGCAGCUCCGAACAGGAGGUUUGUCCCCUGCGGCUCAACAGAAGGCCGACUCAGCGGCGCCCCCUACGCAGCUCUUCCUGAACAGCAUGAACAGCAGCGUGGCCUCCAUCCUCACCUUCCUCCCGUCCUCCUCCUCCUCCUCCUCCUCCUGCGCCCCCUCCUGCUCCACCUCCCUGCAGGCCUCCAGCAUGGCUCCGCCCGAACACAGCCUCACUUCCUGCUUCCCACCGAGCAGCCAAUCACAGCAGGGCACCUCUCCCAGUGAAUUCCCAGAGUGAAACACACACUGCUGUUUUUAUUGUUUUUGGAUCUAAUGUUUUCAGAAAGUGUGUUUGUAAAUAUAUAUAAAUAUAUUUGUAUGUAUAUAGUUGUUGAUUUUUGACUCUCUUGAGUUGAAUAAAAGUCAUUCUGCUGAG